AUGGAAAAUAGGAAUAAUGUCACCUUCUUUAUUCUCCUGGGACUUUCUCAAAACAAGAACAUUGAAAUCUUCUGCUUUGUGUUAUUUCUAUUUUGCUACCUUGCGAUUUGGGUGGGAAAUGUGCUCAUCAUGAUUUCUAUCAUGUGCACUCACCUAAUUGACCAACCCAUGUACUUCUUCCUCAAUUGCCUUUCCCUCUCCGACCUCUGCUACACCUCCACAGUGACACCCAAGCUAAUGAAUGAUCUACUGGCCGAAAGGAAGAUUAUUUCCUAUAACAACUGUAUGGUACAACUCUUUAUCCUUCACUUCCUUGGAGCCAUUGAGAUCUUCAUUCUUACAGCCAUGGCCUAUGACCGCUAUGUGGCCAUCUGUAAACCCCUGCACUAUACAGUCAUCAUGAACAGGCAGAGGUGUCACAUGAUCAUCCUUGUCUGUUGUACUGGAGGAUUCCUACACUCAGCCAGUCAGUUUCUCCUCACCAUCUUCCUGCCAUUCUGUGGCCCCAAUGAGAUGGAUCACUACUUCUGUGAUGUGUAUCCUUUGCUGCAGUUGGCUUGCAUUGAUACAUACAGAAUUGGUCUCUUGGUCAUUGCUAAUUCUGGACUCAUUGCAUUAGUGACGUUUGUGAUUCUAUUGAUGUCCUAUUUUCUGAUACUUUAUACCAUCAGGGUUUACCCUGCAGAGAGCCGUUCCAAAGCUCUUUCUACUUGCAGCUCUCACAUAGCAGUUAUGAUUGUGUUCUUUGUGCCUGUCCUCUUCGUUUACAUUAGACCCAACAUAACUUUACAGGAGGACAAAGUGUUUGCUCUUCUGUAUACCAUCAUCGCUCCCAUGUUCAACCCUCUGAUAUACACACUGAGGAAUGUGGAAAUGAAGAGCGCCAUAAGAAAAAUGUGGUGCUGUAAAAUCAUGUAA